UAUCAGAGGAAAGAGAAUAUAUCGCUGCCUAAUAGUUCAAAAACGUACCAACUCACGCGUUGGGUACCUAAUAUUAUAAAAUAAGUUGUCACCUGUUUGCGGUGGUUAAUAGCGGCAUUACUGAUCAGUGUAUUCCUACCGUUCUCUAGAAUCAAUAACAGCUGACGUCAGACUUGUUUCAUCGCGAUUCGCGAUAUCAGUCGCCAAGAGCGGAAGGGGGGUAGUGCACUUGUUUGUAACUUGGCUAGUAGUGUAAGUAGUGUCAUAUACCCGUGCUAGUGGUUAUACCAUCGUUUCUUGUGUUAAGUGUCAGAAUUUGUUAUUAACUGCCCUGACUGUUCGAAAAAUCAACAUGGCUUUUGAAGAAACGCCUGCUUUGAUUUUUAUGAGCUGGGUUUCCUUGAACAUUGAUGAUUGGAAAUAAUAACCUGAAUGAUUUUAAGUUGCAAAACCAGGGGAACAAACCUUAUAGGACUAAGAAUACGAGUCGCAUCCCGACUCUUGUUGGAUUUUCCGCGACGGGUUUUAUUUUAAGUUUUUCAAAAUUGCUGCCAUGGGUCGCAAAAAAAUACAAAUAUCCAGGAUUACAGAUGAACGAAACCGACAGGUAACUUUCAAUAAACGUAAAUUUGGCGUAAUGAAGAAGGCAUAUGAACUAUCGGUUUUGUGCGAUUGCGAGAUAGCACUUAUUAUAUUCAGUAGCAGUAACAAGCUGUACCAAUAUGCCAGUACGGACAUGGAUAAAGUACUUCUCAAGUACACGGAAUACAACGAGCCUCACGAAUCACUGACCAACAAAAAUAUUAUCGAGGCACUUAAUAAGAAGGAGCAUAAAAACGGAGUGAUGAGCCCCGAGAGCCCAGAACCUGAAACAGAAUACCAGCUCACACCAAGGACGGAAGCGAAAUACAGUAAAAUCGAUGAAGAUUUUCAAAUGAUGUUGCAGAGGAACCAGUCAAUUAACGGACAAAGGGUUAGUCCUGUUAGUAUGGGAUCGUCAAACUACUCGCAACCAGUAUCAGUUCCAGUUAAUAUAAGCUACGGUGAUUCGGGUCUCCUACAAUCUAGUCCGCAAAUGGCACAUCCUAGUAUAAGUCCACGACCUUCUUCUUCAGAAACAGAUUCAGUUUAUCCUACUGGAGGCAUGUUAGAAAUGAGUAAUGGAUAUCCAAACUCGGCCUCUCCCAUUGGAGGUUCACCCUCACCUGGUCCUAGUCCAGGACCUGGGAUGAAUUCUUCUAAACACCCUAAGCAGCAUUCACCAGGUCCCAGAUCAAAUUUACGAGUAGUUAUACCCACGCCACUCGGAUCGAGCAUCACUACAGACGACGUUUCAUACGCUGAGCACGCUCGAUCACAAGCAACCCUUAACACACCAGUAGUGGCCCUACAAACCCCAGGGUUAGGGGGGUAUCCUGGGUCUUUAAGUUCGUUUGGAGCACAAGAUUUCAGUAUUGGAUCUGCGGACAUGACUUUAACUUCUAUGGCGUGGAGUGGCCACCAGAUGGUACCAUCGCUGGCCCAUAGUGGCACGUCGAGCAGUGGCUGUCUGCCUCACCUUGCAGUGUCUAGUAGUACACCGCCACCUACCGCGGGGUCACCUCUUCCUGUAAAAAUUAAAAGUGAACCUAUUUCACCACCAAGAGAUCAUCAUACGCAUCUUUCUGGUACGGCCAUCCAUCACACACAAGCUGCGCAUGUACAGACUCUGAAUCUGACGCACAGUAGUCAUCAUCCGAGGCCAAGUAGUGCCGGUCAGGUAACCCCGUCGCCAGGCAGCGUGACACCGACAAAUCUGCAGAGUGUGAGUCCGACGCCUCCUCCGCCGGGACCCUCAGCACAAGAUUACGACACAGGCUCGGUUCAGCUUCAUAAGAGACCGCGACUCUCUGAUUGGCCAUCAUAGGCCACGUGGUACCCGCACCGGGGUGCCUCUCAGUGCCAUAGUGAUAACAUGUGGAAGUGGACAGCUUAAAGCGCGAUUAUGAUCUUUUUAUGUCUUUGUUCAAUGAUUUAAAUAGGAUUUAAUUGGUGGCCAAGGGACGAAAAAAAGAAAUAAGAUUUAUUUUUAUAGAAUAAUUGGCUGUUUUUAUGUUGUUGUAUAGGCCAUGCUGCAUGACUGGAAAGUCGCUUUGGUGUUCAAUCUAAACUUUUACAUGUAGGUCAAGAAUCAGCCUCUUCUUUAUACUAAUAUAAACUCUAUUAAAGGGAAUAGCAGAUAUUUUUUAAUAGGGAACGUUUUACAAUAAGGAAAUGUCUUUUGGUUUUAUUAAAGAUCUCAUUAGGUUUAAAUUCUUGAUACAUGUAACAAAGUCGAUUAGACCUUUAUUAUUUAAUUUUUUACAUAUUUAUUUUUCUAUAAUAAUACCUCUUAGCGACUCAAAAUAAUUGUGAAGCAUUAUACAAUCAAAAAUUGUAAGCUUAUAACACUUUUGUCUGUUGGUAAGGCUAAAACGUGCAACAAAAAUGUAAAUACUAAAAUUAUUAUAAUCCAUCAAUUAAAUCCUAUGUAAAAUCCUAUGUACAACCUUUUAUUUAAAAAAAAACAUUGCAUCAAUUGCCAAUUUGUCAUCACAUGUGAUAAACUCGAGUCUUUAGACCAUAUUUUAAAAACCGAGAAAAAAAAAUAUGAACUGCAAACUAAAUAAGUUGAUAGUCAUGAAAAAUUAAACAUAUUUUUUAAAACUUGUGUGUUAAGUUAGUAUGAAAUGAAUAAAUGGCAGAUGAAUGAAUGAAAUUUAUGGUGGAAUGUUGUUGUUUUAGUUUUACUAAAAUGAGUUACUAAGGUGACGGUACACAGUCGCGAUUCGCCUGGUGCAGCGUCUAGGUACCAAAAAGCAUAUCUUAUACAAAUACAUUUAUAUACAUUUUUAUUUAUACGUACUUGUAAUUAUAUUAUUUGCCGGUAUAUGAAAUUUGUAAAAUUUUGCCGACAAAAUAAAAUUAUAGCUUUCUUUCUGGUAUAAACAAGUGUUCGUACUUAUUAUAAGUGGGCACGCUUGCUUAUUAAAGUACCUUAAGGUCAGUUUAAUUAGUGAGAAAAUUAGUGUUUCCGUUUUGAUUUUCAAUAUUAGAACUUGAUUGUAAUCAAUUUUCCUUUUAAUUAUAUUUUUAUUUAUUUCACAUUUUAAGACACCUAAAAUAUAAAAAAAGCAAUGUGCUUUUACUUAAGGUACAAGCAUUGCCAUAAUAUACCUCUAAUAAAAUAAAAUGUUAAUAAAUGAAUUGUUUGCAUUUAUUAAAACGCGAUUAUAUUUUUUCUUUUUGUAGUUAAUCGUAAAAAAUCACUAGUUUACUGACUUUUUGGCUCUUAAAAUAGCAAAGUUAUCAAUACUGAUUACUAAAGUUUAAACUCCUUGUAUUGAAUUAUUGUGGAGUAACUUUUUUAAGAGAGCACACAGUGUGUUGCUAUAAAAAAAGAAAAGCCACUUUGAUAUUAUGUUUGUAAAUUACUUUACGUAAUUAUUUCUUUUGUCUUUUUUUAGAGUUUCAAAUUUAAUUAAUAAAUUGCUUUUUUACGAUAAAAAAGACUUUAUAAACCUUGCUUUAUCUUGUUUUGUUCAUAUUGUAUGUACAUGCUUUUUAAAAGACCUAAUCUAUAAUGACUGUGCAAUAUGGCCGAUCGGCCAAUAAAAUUCUCCACAAUAGUCGAUACACCCGGGAGAUUUUUUAUAAACAGAAAAUUAUAUACUCUAAAAUUGUUAAAUUUGUUAUUCACAGAAUAUACACGUUAUACUAGUUUAAUUGUUGCACAUAGUAUAUUUAUUUGUCGGACUUAAAAAGAAAAUAAUUGAUAUUUUUACAGAACCCAUGAGCAGGAAACUAUUGUUACGUUUAAUAAUGUUCGACACAAAUUGAAAUUGAAUAUAUUGAUAUAUAAAUAUAUUUUAUUAAGUGAGACAGGUGGGGCGUAAGAGAGUGCCAUUUGUCUUGUACAUAAGUAAUUAGUGUUUUUUUAUAAAUGUUGUAGAUUUAGAAUGUAUGUUUAAAAGAUGUACACUUGUUAUUUAGCGAGUAUGCCACACAAACCAUAAUUAUUGGUGCAAGUACCUUACCAACUUCCUAUCCACGUAGAUGUGCCAUUUCUCACUUCCCUUAUGUCAAUGUCAACAGCGCGCAUGUUUACCAGGUUUAUAAGCAUAUUUAAGGAUUUCAAUGCUUUAUAUUUUACAAAAAAAUUAUUGAUUUAUUUCAACUCGCAACAAUUUAAUAAUAGUGUACUAUUUAAUACAAUAAAUUAAUAUAAACCAUUUAGUUUAUUCAAGGGGCUAACCAAGUCUCAGAUAACAACAAUGCUUUUACAACAUAUUUUUGUUAAAUUUUAAUCUUAAAAUAUAACAAUUACUAGAUUUCAAUUGUAAUUACAUUAAAAAUAGCCAUUCAGUUUUCUUGUAUUCGUUUUUGUAUUGACCAUUUUGAAGUUUAACUAGUUAUAUCAUUUAAAUGUUAUAAAAUACGUGAAAUAAAAUACAGCGGCCUUAUAUAUAAUAAAACUAUUGAUCAAGCCUGGAAUAAAAGGGUCUUGAAAGCUUUAAUAUUGUCAAUUUCUAAAUUCUAAAGGACGCACAGUAAGUACAAAGUAUUAUCAACAUAUACAGUUUGUCCCAAAAAAAAUAUAUUUCUAUAACCUUACUUGAUAUAAAAAUGCGUUGUAAUUUGUUAAAAACUCUUAAUAUAAUUAAUUGCUAUAGUAUGCUCUUUUAAACUGCCCUAAUUAUCUAAGAUACUUAAAACGCUAUAAAUCCUUACAUAUGCAUAUUUUUGUAGAUAUUGCCCUGGUGAAAUAUAAUGUUUGGUGCUCUCCCUUUCCUUAUAUAGAUAAGAUUAUACUCUGUCCACUGGCUGUUAUAUUUAAGUACUGGGACCAGGUUUCUAAAGAAAAGUCCUUAAUUAUACUUGAAAAUUACCAACUUUCUAAGAAACCUAGGGUGUCCAUUGUUGCAGCCUUUUAAAUCAUUUGUGAUGAUUUUUAAAAAAGUCUUCAUCAAUGACACUUCAUGAAUAUUUAUAAUAAAAAGAAAAACAUAGAAAUUGUACAAUAUAUUAUAUAUUUUAUCUACUGUUGUGUGCACCUGAUUUGCACAUAGUUUUUAAAUGUGAAUUUUAAUAAUCGUAGGCGCAGACGCUCUUUUUAUAUAUGUCUACCAUAUGUUAUCUUUCUUGUACCCUUUAAAAAUUUUUAGUAUAUUUUAUUUAUUCUAAAGUUUUCACAUACAUCACAACUACCUAUUACGGAUAUUUAAUCAUUAAUAUUAACCUAUAUCUUGAUGUGUUCCAUAACAACAAGGAAUUGAACUAGAUACCUAAAUAAAGGCAGUAAUGCAAAUAAAUUACAAUUAAGUUUACAUUGAGAAGAGACAUAAUUCAUACUAAUUUGGUUCUUGCGAAUUAGUAGCGUCAAUCAUUACUAUUUAGUUAGCCAUUUAGAUCAUUUUAAUAAUUACAAUAAUUUUCCUUACUCGUUACCAGAUAUGUACGCUUUAAAAAUGUGACUCUGCGAACUUCAAUUACAAAAUUGCGACCUUACUAAAUUUAACAUUAAUUACGAUUUUUAGUAAAAAAGGUAAAAGUAUGAUGGGGCUUCUCUAACUAGUCGAUUUAUUUUCGACUUCUAGAAGAAACGCAUUAUUUUUGAAUUCGAAAAAUAAAUCAUUUUCGCAUCACAUAAAAUAUAAGGAAAAUCAAAAUGCAUUCUUCAUGUUAGAAAAAUAUUACUUGCUUGUAAUUAUUUAUUUUGUUAUAACUUUUAUUUAUCUCUUUCAUUCAAUUUGGUUUUUAUGUUUACCAGCAUUAUUCAAAAAACCAGCCUAAGCUGACUGUUUGAAUAAUAAAAAAUUCCACUUUUUGACAUUAAAGGUAACAAGAAAGAUACAUCUUGCGCCAGUACGUAAGGAGAUGCACAGAGUACCUGCCCCUCGGGGUGUCUCAUAAGAGCCCUCUCCACUGAUUUAAUUGUAGGAUUGCCUUACACAGUGCCUCGACAUCAGUAUGUACGUAUCUGUAUGUUAAAAACACAGUUUGAUGUCUUAAGGUUUAUAGAUCGUAUCAUUAAUUUCUUAAACGCCACUGCGGUACAAUUUAUAUAGUGUUUAGGCGUCCAUACACGAGGUUUCCCUCUUGUAUGAUCACCUUUUAUUGACUUUCACAGGGUAUUUUUGCUAUUUACUCACACUUAUCCCGCUGCAGCCAUUUUUCUGCUGCUUGGUGCCUUUUCCCUUUUUAUUUUUUUUAACACACAUUGGUAUUUUCUAUGUAUGUAGCUUCUAUUAAAUUAGGAAACGUACAGUUAAGUUAAUGUGUUUUCACUCGUGCCAAUGUGUGUUGUUUUCACCUUUUUUAUGAGCAUAUGAGUUUAAUUCCCUUUUAAUUUAGGUUCCCUUGACUUCCCAGUGACUCCGAGCGGAUGGCUUCCACAUGCCCUAUUUAUUUGAUAUUGCCCUAUUCCCAUAGUAAAGUACUCUAGCUUUUACAGAAUAUUGACAAAAUAUACAUUUUUAUCAAUUAGAAUUUCUUUUCGAGAUACCCUUUUAUUGUUUUAAAAAACAGUAGACGUGAUCUUACAGUUUUAGUCAAAAACAUCUAGUCACAGAAUGAUUGUAUAUCUAUUAUAUUAGUAAGAUCUAAAAUUUUGAAGACUUUGAUACGAUCGCAGGUUAUUAUGGGAAUUGGACAGUUCAGUUUUUCAAAGAAAAUGUUUUUUUUUUGAAUAACAUAUUAAUUUAAUUAAAUAAUAUAAUAUUGAUGUUCUGAUUAGUAUAUUGCAAGUGUAUGGAGUAAAUAUUUUUUAUUUAGUUUUCGGUAUUUUAUAUGCAUAAAUGUGUUAAUUUUUGCCUUCUUUCAAAUGGACUAAAUGCAUAUGUUUAGCUUGUACUUGUACAUAGCAUACUUACAAAUAAAUUGUUGUACAAUGCUGUUUAACGUUAGCUGUACUUGUAUAUUUUAUUUGUCUAACUGAUUUAACAAGAAAAAGGUUUCCUUAUGAAGACGUUAUUUUCUCUGUUACAUCCAUUUGACGUAAGGUGUUUUUUUAGUCAUGUGCAAUAUUAAUCUGACAUUUAUUUAUCUACUUGUAUUGAAUUAAAACCAAAUAAAAUUGUUUGUUACAUAUA